AUCAACACCAGCUGAUAGAACACACGUGUUUUGUUUAGUUUGAAUUUCAUCCUGAAAUUAACUGUUCAAACUUAAUUGACUCAAAAAAAGUAACAAAUCUAAAUUUAUACACAAAACAUUCGUCAAAAUGAGCAAGAAGAACAAGGCUGGCGCAUCCAAUUUGGGGCGACAGCUGAUCAAAGAUCGCUUUGGACAUACACCGCGGCGAAAAGUGGAUAAUGAUACUAUGCUACACACAACAGAAUUGCAAGAUGGAUAUGACUGGGGUCGCCUUAAUUUGUCCUCUGUGACAGAGGAAUCCUCGUUCCAGGCUUUUUUACGCACUGCUGAACUGGCUGGGACAGAAUUUCAGGCGGAGAAACUCAAUAUAUCCUUUGUGAAUCCUAAGGCAAGGGUGGGCCUUCUAAGCAAAACGCAGGAACAGCAAAUGCAUCAAAAGCAUGAAGAACAUCGAGAUCAGUUAAAGAUCCCACGUCGUCCCAAAUGGAGCAAAGAGACUAGUGCCGUAGAUUUGGAGCGAUCAGAGAAUGAGGCUUUUCUAAAUUGGCGUCGCGAUCUUGCUUUGUUGCAGGAGGAUGAGGAGAUUCUUAUGACCCCUUACGAAAAGAAUCUCGAGUUCUGGCGCCAAUUGUGGCGGGUUGUCGAACGUUCCGAUGUUGUGGUACAAAUUGUCGAUGCCCGAAAUCCGUUGCUGUUUCGUAGUUUAGAUCUGGAACUUUAUGUCAAGGAGGUGAAGAGCACAAAAAUGAACAUGAUUUUGGUCAAUAAGUCAGACCUAUUGACGCAAGAACAACGCAAAUACUGGGCAGAGUACUUUGAUAAGGAGGGUAUACGCACAGCGUUCUAUUCUGCCACACUGGUAGAGGAGGAACUUAAGGCCGAGAGUGCCAAGCACAAAGAUACAGAUUCGGCUUUGCAACUUGAAGAGGUAAGAAAAGCAGCUGAAGAAAUUCAACAAUCCCUGGAUGCAGUGGAGCAGACAUUGGAGGCCAUUGAAAAGAAGAUUCAAACAGAUGAAUUGAAGAAAAAUGAUUUAUCGGUGCUGCCAGGCGACAAAAACAGUCCACGUCUCUUGUCCCGCGUUGAACUGAUAGAAUUCCUGAGACACGUCUACACAGGACCUCGGCAUACGGAGCAGCAUGUAACCAUUGGCAUGGUGGGCUAUCCCAAUGUCGGCAAAAGCAGUACCAUUAAUUCUCUGAUGACAGUGAAAAAGGUAUCCGUUUCGGCCACACCUGGCAAAACAAAACGCUUCCAGACCUUAUAUCUGGAUACAGAUAUUCUCCUAUGCGAUUGCCCCGGUUUGGUUAUGCCCAGUUUUGUAUUGACAAAGGCUGAUAUGUUGCUCAACGGUAUACUGCCCAUCGAUCAGAUGCGUGAUCAUGUGCCUGCUGUGAAUUUACUCUGCGAACGCAUACCGCGCCAUGUUCUAGAAGAUAAAUAUGGUAUUGUGAUAGCCAAACCGCUAGAGGGUGAGGAUAUGGAACGUCCGCCACAUUCUGAGGAGCUACUGCUGGCCUAUGGAUAUAAUCGCGGUUUUAUGACUUCGAAUGGACAACCGGAUCAAGCACGUUCUGCCCGCUAUGUUCUUAAGGACUAUGUCAAUGGCAAACUUUUGUAUGCUCUAGCUCCGCCGUCCAUCGAUCAGGCAGAGUAUCAUAAGUUUCCUGAACGCCAGCGUAAAGUGAUCGAAGAGUCCCAAUUACCCGGCCAACAGCAACGAGCGAUGCGCAUUAACAAGAGCACGGCCAAAGAGCUGGAUCAUCAGUUUUUUGAAGCGAAACCCAAUCAUGCCCAUGUCAAGGGUCGUUCCAAUUUCCCUCAUGUGCGUUUAGCCAAUGAUGGCAACCUAGUGGCCAGCACUAGUCAGUCCGGUCCAGAAGCGAAACCCUGGCGUCAUGUGAAAAAGGAGCGACGCGAGAAGCUGCGUAAAAAAUUCUCCCAUCUGGAUGAACAUUAACUUGGGCUUGGCCUGUAUUUCUCCAAAACAAAAACCAUGAUCUUUUAACAGAUUUUCUUUGUUUUUUUUUUUUUUUUGUACAUUAAAAGAAACUAGAAUUAGCA